AUGAGAGCCCGUGCCCCGCCUCGAAGCGCGGGCCUGCUGAACGGUGACUACGAUAAGCAUGGCGGGAAGAUAACCCGUUACAACGGGGGAACUCUCGCGAGACUAGCCGCCGCGGCGGUUGCGCUUCUCGCCGUCUGGCUCAUUGCGAUGUACGCGUUUUCUCCGGCGAGCGGCGGAGGCGAAGCGAUGACUGCAUCGAGCCUAGGCUGGGGUCGGGGGGAGUCUGUCGCCAGGGACAGCAAGAAGAAGCACAAGCACGAGGACAAGGGCAGCAGACAUAAGCGCCAUAGCCACAAGCACGUGCAGGCGGGGUGCACCGCGAGCCCCUUGCAAGAGAAGGAUGCCUUCCCGGUGUACGGCUGUGCGGAGAUGGAGGUUUGGAGAUCUCUCGCGCAAGCCACGCCGGCGGGCGGGGGGUUCGAGUUCCUUUUCUUCGUGUUAUACCGCUAA